GCGGGGAGCAACAGGGCGGACGGUCGUUAGGUCGCGCACAGAGGACGCAGCUGUCAUAGGCUGCCAGCCAUAGUUGCUCCGAAACCCACUCGGUCACUUGUUUGGUCCGUAAAAUGGAAGUCAUUUUCUAAUCGACCGGUCAAACUGUGUUCGGAACACAAAGUUCUUUGCUCUUACACUUGUUGGACUUGAUCUCGGGCCGUCUAACGUGACUCGCGCGGGGAGUUCCUGACGGUACAGUUUACAAAAAGCUCCUUUUUCUCAUUGCACUGAGACAAACGAGGGACUUUAUUUCGCGAAGGCCGAGAGAGACGUCGCUGGAAGGCGGAUAGCGAAGCAGCAUGGUCACUACUAAAGGAGCCGGUCUGAACCCCAAUGCCAAGGUGUGGCAGGAGAUCCCUGCCAGUCAGAUUGAUAUUCCUCAGGUGUCUGAAGAUUGGCAGGAAACAUACCUGGAUUCUGCUGCAAUGACUGAAGGUUACUUGGAUGAACUUUCUUCUGGGGGAAAAGACUGCAACAUCGAGUACCCUGACUGCCCUGCUGAGUUCACCUUCAUACCCACUGAGGGAGGAGUCAUCAACGCGGCUGACACGUCUGAUGUUGGAUAUUUAGUGUUCGACUCCCAGUGCAACUCUGCUGCUGAUGAUGGUGGUUCAACAGAGGAGCCUGUGUCUGAAGAAAGUCUUAAGGAGUCUUUAAAGAAGCAGCUGGAGUUCUGCUUUUCAAGGGAGAACCUCUCAAAAGACCUCUACCUGAUAUCCCAGAUGGACAGUGACCAGUUCAUUCCUGUCUGGACACUGGCGUGCAUGGAGGACAUCAAAGCCCUGACCACUGACAUGAACCUAAUCCUGGACGCCUUACGAGCAUCUCCUUUGGUUCAAGUGGAUGAAACUGGGAAAAAGGUCCGACCCAAUCACAGUCGCUCCAUCAUCAUCCUGAGAGAAGUGCCCGAGACCACGCCAGUGGAGGAAGUUGAGAACCUUUUCAAGAGUGACAAAUGCCCUAAAGUCAUCAGCGUGGAAUUUGCGCACAACAGCAACUGGUACAUAACAUUUCAGUCCGACAUGGAUGCUCUGCAGGCCUACAGAUACCUGAGGGAAGACGUGAAAACCUUCCAGGACAAACCCAUAAUGGCGCGUAUCAAGGCCAUAAAUACGUUCUUUGGCAAGAGCACCUUCCGCGGUGUGGAGUCGAGUUUAUACAAUCACCACUCCACACCUCCGGCUCCGUACGGUUCCCCCGUCUAUAUGCAGCAGGUCUACAGUCCUCAGCAGCAGUUCCCGGUCUACCCAGUGGUCUCUCCAUCCUGGAACCCUUCAGUGAUGCCAUAUUUCGAGACGCCUCUGGCCCCGUUUCCCAAUGGUGCAUUCAUGAAUGACUACAACACUCCAGAAAGCUACAAGAUCAACUCCAGCUCCGUCACCAGCCAUCGGCCCAGCACCCGGAACCGGGGCCAUGGAAACCACCUGCCUGUUGAUGGCUCGCUGUCUUCUCCUGUGUCCCCUGGAUCCGAGUCUUUGUCAUCACCACUAAGUCCGCAGCAAACCCCGCUGGCACAGGGCCAUGUGAUCGGUGCCCAUUCUUCCAGCCUUCCGUCCUUCAGCCACAGAGACGCUCCUCCACACUCGAGCGACGAGCUGAAUGGAGGUGCAAGGUCCAGGAGAGGCAACCACCGUGGGAUGAGGAGAAGAAAGGAUGACAGCGCAAAGUUUCCUGCUGGUCCAGAGGUCAAAGCUCCCCCUGCGCCCAAGUUUGACCUGGCAGCCUCCAACUUCCCUCCUCUGCCGGGCUCCGUGGUGAGCCUGCAGGAGGAGACGGCUCCUGACAUGCGCCUGUCUGACGUGGUGCGAGGACUGAGGAUGAACCCCAAGGUCGUCAGCCCAGAACCUCGAGAGGCCAAACACACCGGUGCUUCAGAGGAGCCUGUUGCUCCGUGUGCAGCGCCUCCUGUGUCAGCGCCAGUAACGCCGCCAGUCAAAAGUGUCCCACCCCCUGCAGCAGCCACAGACCAGACAGAAGCAGCCGUCCCGGAGGAAAACCCCAGCGUGCAGACUCCCACGGUCCCUAAAGCUGCACCAGAGGAGGCGUCGUCUCCCAGCAGCCCGGCAGCAUCCACGCCAGUCCUGCCUCUCACCCCCGCCGCGGACCAGGCGCUGAGGAAGCUGAGCUACGCCGAGGUGUGCCAACGCCCCGCCAAAGACCCCCCCACCCCGAGCCCGGCGCCCCCGUCUCCGGACUCCUCCGGUGUGCAGCCUCUUCAGGAGGUGAAGGAAAACACGGCGGAGGAGCCUCGGCAGCAGCUCAGGCACCCUGCCGACAGGACUGACAAGGGCGGGCAGGGUCGCCCCCGCCAGCCCCUGCGCUCCUACCAGGGCUCCAACGGGCCCUACAGGAGCCAGAAGGCCUGGGACGGUCCCCGCGGAGUCAACUCCAGGAAGCCCUUCUCUCCACAGCGGGGCGCCAGGCGCAGCGGCAAGGAGCAGAACAUUCCCCCACGGUCGCCCAAAUGACGGGAUGCCGACCUGAGCCUGUGUAUAUAAAUAUAUCAUGUAUAUAAACAGAGUUUAUUUCCCUUGACGCAACGUCAAAAAACUGCACAACAUGAGAACAUAGAAGAAACAUUCUUAGUGGAAGUCGCCACCGACGAACGCUCCGAGGACACUUCUGAGAAGUCGCUCUGGAUUUCUGGUUUUUAUUGCGUGGUCAGUGUUGCUGCUGGAGGCUGUGGAGUCAGGAUCGUGGUGGUUCACCGUUUGGGUCCCGUCUUGCCUCCAGAGGUUGUCCUGGUUGUGCCGUCAGGCCUUGACCUUUGUGUGGCUCCUGAAUGUUGACAAUAUUGUGGUUUUUUUCUGUGACUUAAGUUGACUACUAUGCAGAUCCGUGUUGUGGAGCUGCUGCUCUGGGAACGGCCCAGUGAGUCUCAGCGGUUUACUGUCGGUCUGGAGUCAAGUCGGUGCUUCACGUCAGUUGUGACGCCGCCUUCACUCACGACCGAGUCCUCGCUCCUGAGCGCGUCGUCAAAUGCUGCCCCCCUGUGGUGGUCUACAGUCAUGUCAUUAAGCGACUUAUGUCUUCGGCGAUAUAUUGUCUGUCAUGUACUUUGUGUUAAGCUCCUGUGGCAUAUUUAUAAAUAGGUGUGGACAGAUUUAACUCUGUUAUGCAACAGAGUUGUUGAUGUUGGGCCUAAUCUCUUCACCAGUUUGUUGUUUGUUUUCAUUAGUCAUGUAAAUUGAGGUUUAAUGUAUGAAAAGAAAAAAGACUAUAGCUAAAGAACUGCAGCUCUAAUGCUUUGUUCGACUAGAAGAUUGACUCGACUCGUUUGUAUUUUGGAAUUUGCUUGUAUAUUUUCUUUCUUUCUUGAAUGACUGGAGACGUGUGCUUUAGAUCAAGGGAAACCUAUUAGUGCCUUUUCGGCAUUUACUGUUUUAAAAUGAGUUGUGUUUUCCCCUUCUCUUGUGAGUGAUAAUUACCACAGCUACAAUAGGACAUAUUACUUGAAGGCUUGGCGGUGACUGUCCCGAUGACGCUGAAUGUGUCUGCAUGUUUCUGGUGUGGAUUGUUGGCAACUCAUGUCGCAGAUCAGUUUCUAACUGUCAGAGAUUUCAAUCAGACUGGAUUAUCAAGUUGAUGUUUUACUACUGAGGCUGGUUUGUGAAAUUAAAGUUUUAUUUUUAAGCCCU